GUGCAUUAUUCCUUGAUGCUGGCAGUGAAUGGGUGUUCAAGCCGUGCAACACGCCUGGAAGCUGUGAAGUCAACUUUAAGGUGACGUUUGAGGUGUCGUCGUUCCUGCACGCUAAUGCCAUCCAGCUCUUCUUCGACGACGUGGCGCUUACGCAGCUGAACGCAUUCAUCGGCCGAGCUCGGAAAAUGUAUGGUACGGCUCGCCGACCGCUUCCCCAAGCCCCUGUUCAGUCGAAGCCUGCACCGUUGACGCAAGGCUCUAAGGCGAAGAAUGGUCAAAGUGGUCCAGCAAAGAGUGUCGACACCAGUAUUCACACGGAGGCAUCUCCGGUUAACUCCACACAAAAAUCUGAAGAAGAUGAGGAUGAAGCAGCUAGACGAGCGGCGAAGGCUCGAGCCUCUCGCCGCAUCAAAGGUGGCAUCUCGAACCAGAACUACAGCGACUUGGCUGCUGUAUUCCACGACUACGCGGACAACGACGGAAAGCUAUACUAUGGCGGGUUUACGGCUGCUUGUAUGGCGUUGAGUGACGAGUACGAAGACAUGAAGGACAUCAGCGAGAGCGCUGCGCUUGCUGGUGCCGUGUUUUCGAGUUUUGAGACGCACUCUACGCCGAAGGAUUGGCUCACGCUGGACGAGUUCGUAGUGGGUGUUUAUCUGAUGACCAAGGGCACAUUCGAGCAGAAGGCGCACAGCCUGUUUGAAGUCGUGAACGCCACCGGGGAUGGCAAAAUCACUCGUGAAGAGCUGACACGUGCGAUGCAGCGGAGAAUUCGUGCGGUGAAGAAGCUCUUCCCUAGACUACUGCGCGACCAAGUGCAGAUUCAGAUGGCGAACGAGCAGGUCGAGGAGCUGUCGUCAGUCCAGGACGCCGCGGUGGCGAACAGUGUCAAGGCUAUCGAGGAACUGAUGGAGGAGGUGGAGAAGGAGAUUCCGCUCGCUGUGAACCAGAUUUUCAGGGAAGCGGACCUCGAUCAGGACGACUACAUCCGCGAGCAGGAGUGGCUGUUUGCGUGGCAGGCGCAUCCAGAAUUCGUGGAGCUGCUGACCAUUGACGGUAUGAAGAAAAUGGCGCAAUGGGCGUCGGUCGUCCAAGACGCCAACAGCGGCGAUAAUAACAGCGACGACGAUGGUAAGAGUGGAUCCUCGGAGCAGAGUCUUGAUACGAGGCUCACCUACGUCGAUUAA